AUGUCGGGCGUGGAAGAGAAGCCGGAGGAGAAUCUGCGUUCGAACCUUGCCCUCACAGCUCUUAGCAUCGUUCGUAACCACCAGUACUUAAAGGAGCUCGCUAUGAAGCAGCUCACGUUCCCCGAACUGGUGUGGAGCACGGACAAGAAUGAACUGGCCGCAAUGCACAAGGAAAAGGUCGAGGCGCUCACGGUCCACGACCCCAAGAGGCAGGCCCUCGUCGCCGGCCGCUUCUGCAGCUUCCACCUAGCCGGCUUCGACCUCGACGAAAAGUCAAGUGUGGAACUUGGGCCCCCUUACGACCCUGCUGUGAGGAAGGGGACGGCUUCAACCAUGAAUGUCAUUUCCUUGAGGGUGGUUAGAGUUGGUCCUGAUUACACAUACCCGGUUGAGGUUUACGGUAGGGUUAUUGCGAGGGAUGAGGUUGACUACAAAUGUGUCUACCUGUUCGACCGUCAAAGGGAGGAUGCCCAGCUCAUCAAUUCAGAGAAGGAUAUGUCAGCUCUAACAGGUCCAUACCGGCCAUUGGCUACUCGUGCUUUCAUGUGCUUUGAGCUCGAUUUAAAGAUCAAGGACAAGGGUGAGCAGGAUGCUGAAGUACAGCUCAGCAAAGGCGUAAUACCGUACCAUCACAACCCGUAUCACAAGCGCGUCAUCGACCAGCUACCUAGUUUCCAGAGCACGGUAAAAUUGGUACUGCAACAAGUGACAGGACCGGUGGCGGCGAGCCUCGAAGUCAGCGUCGUGAGAGAAGGGUCCGAUGACCCUAUUGUCCACUUCAACGGUAAAAUAACUGUUGGGACUACUAGAAAUUAUAGACAUCAUAUGGUUGUAUAUGAUAGCAGCGUGCCUAUUGGGAGAUUGGUGAGGGAAGAUGGCUCUCUUGUGUUAAGUCGCAAUCUAGUAACUGUCCAGGGGCCUAUUCAAGACCCCGCGUUCGCGGAUGACGAGCAAAUGAUGCUCUAUGUUUGUUUUCUUGAUGUGGGUUGUGAGAUUGAGGAUGAGGAUAUGAUUAGCCUUGAACCAGAGGAUGAGGAUGAUGACGAGAUUGAGCCUGACAAAGAGGAAGAGGAAAUCGAAGGGGAAGGGGAAGAGGAAGGCAAUGAAGAAGAUAGCGAAGAAGUGGAUGAGGAGGAGGAGGACCCUAAGAAUACUGUCACUCUCGAAUACCCUACACCUGAGACUGUGUGGGAACACGGUUCCCCCAAACUGAAGGUGAAGGUCGAUUGGACUGCCAUCUUUGAUCCGCCGCUGGAAUACUAUUUAACAAGAUGGUAUGCCCUUCCAAAAGGUUUUAAGUCGCCUAAUUAUCGAUUUGGCGGGUUCUUUGAGUGAGAGUGAUUUUAUGUUUUGUUGGUUUCCUAUAUGUCUA